CAGAUAUCACUGUAGCUCAGUUUCAGGAGGCAGCUGCAUGAGAACACAAGUUUGUUUUGAGCUCUUCAGUGGAAAACACAUCAGCAUCUUCAUCUCUGUACUUGUGGAGCUCUAAAUGGAACAUGUCCUCAGGGUAUGAAAGGCUUCAUGACAAUUAUGUCUCUAACAAAGGGAGGUCGACCAGCUGUGUGACAUUAGCUGUAGUUUUGGCCUGUCUCAUUGUUCUGGGGGUCAUACUUGCCGUUGCUGUACUGGAAAGACCCCCUCCCCCUGAAGAUAAUGAUACGCUUCCCCGAGACCCUGGUUGGAGCAAUUUCUCCCAGUGCAGUAUGGCUCUUGUGGAGAGUAUACCUCUGGAUAUGACAUACAAAGCUAAUGCAACAUUUGGGAUCCCAUUGGAACAAGCAUGGAAGGAGCUUAUCUCUAUGGCAACAGAUCAACUGGAUGUGGCCUCAUUCUACUGGACGUUAACUGGAGAAGACAUCAACGUCAACUCUUCUUCUGACAUACCUGGAAGAGAAAUCCUGGAGCAGCUUGAAGCGUUGCCCUCUAAGAACGUAUCUGUCCGACUGGUGACGAGUCUACCCACAGUUAGAACAAACUCCACAGAUUUUAAGAUCCUGAAAGAGAAAGGAGUUCAUGUGAGGAGAGUAAACUUUGGGCGUCUCACAGGCGGCGUCCUCCACAGUAAGUUCUGGAUUGUUGACAGGAAACAUGUGUUUAUCGGAAGCGCCAACAUGGACUGGAGGGCUCUCACACAGGUGAAAGAAGUGGGAGUUGUUAUCUACAACUGCUCCAGUGUGGCUGAAGACCUGCGAAAGAUCUUCCACUCCUACUGGGAGAUGGGUCUUCCCAACAGCUCCCUUCCACAGCCUUGGCCUUCACAGUAUGAAACGAAGAUCAACAAACAGCACCCCCUACUGGUGAAAGCAGAUAACAUCUCCACUCAACUUUAUCUGGCUGCGUCUCCACCAAUGUUCUGUCCUUCAUCGAGGACUCAGGACCUGGAGGCCCUUGUCUCUGCCAUCUCAGAGGCUCAGCAUUUUGUUGAUGUGGCCGUCAUGGAUUAUUUCCCCAGCACGCGCUUUGAGAGGCAUCAGAAAUACUGGCCUGUUAUUGAUGAUGCCAUCAGAGCUGCUGCAUUUGACAGAAAGGUUAGGAUUCGGAUGCUGAUCAGCUGUGGGAGGGACUCGGAUCCCUCCAUGCUGCCUUUCCUUCAGUCUCUAGCCUCGAUGGACAGCCCCCACCAACACAUCAGCAUCAAAAUAAAACUGUUCACUGUGCCUGUAGGAAACCACUCUGAUAUCCCAUAUUCCAGAGUCAACCACAAUAAAUACAUGCUGACUGAUAAAGUAGCCUACAUUGGUAAUUCCAACUGGUCAGGUGACUACUUUGUGAACACAGCUGGAGUGAGUGUGGUGAUUUCCCAGCAUGCUCCUCACCCUAUAUGGAAGGCCGAGGCCCUGCAGGCCCAGCUCCAUGCCAUCUUUGAGCGAGACUGGAAUUCUAAGUUUGCAGUGCACCUUGAUGACCUGAGACCCGAUCCAGAUUGUGCACUCUCAAGAUGACAAAGUUUACACUAAUGCAUUUUAAUAUUUAGGCCACGGACAAGAUGUUGUAGUUGUUCUAGUUGUUUUUAUGUUGUCUUUAUCAAGUUCAGCAAAUUUUACAGGUUUUUGUUCAUUUGUCCAAGUAUGUAGCCUAAAAGGGAAGAAAAAGGAAACAAUUUUAAAAAGUAAUAUUCUUUUACAUCACUUACAUAACUAUGUGCUGGAAGGAGGAUUGUUGAUUUGUUGAAUAUUGUAUCAGAUGAAAAAUGCUUGUUAGGUUUACUGCAUUUCAUUGACUGAAUAUCCUGUGUUCUCUUGUGUUUAUACAGUAUAAUUAUGUGUCAACUCCAAACAGAGGAAUGUUCUGAAUGUAAUUAAUGCAAUAUCCAUAAAGGGUUACAUUUCAUAGGCUUGGUGCUCAUAAUAAUUCUUUGCAUAUAUUUUGCUUGUAUAGCCGGAAAAGCACAGGUCUUGUUAAUUAGAUUAAUCAUAGUUCUGUUUUUAUUUAAGUGUGUCAGCAAACUAUUUGUAAAAAAAAAAAAAAAAAAAAGCCAU